AUGACCGGUGAUGGCCCGCGGUCCAGCGAGAGACGGCUCCUCCUCCGGCGCCCGGUAUCUCUAGGUGGGGGAUCGCCGCCGCCGCCGCCGUCGCCGCCGCCGCCGCCGCCCAGCCCCCCGGCCGGCCCGGGCUCUGGCCACGAUCCGCACUUGGCCCCUGUCGAUGUGUUGCCCUUCCGACUGGCCUCGGCCGUGACCCUGCCCGGCGAUGCGGGGCUCUUCCGGCCGUGGACUCGCCCGCAGUAUGUUCCCCUGGGCGGGGCAUCGCCAGGGCCGAGCGGACGCCGGGGGCCUGGCGCCCGAAAGGCCACGCGUCUUUUCCCUCGUUCGCUGGGCGGCGCCGGCGGGGCCGGCGUGGCUGAUCCGCUCUUCGGGCCUGGUGCCGACUUCUCGGCCGAGCUGGCCGGCCCAGCGCUGGCCAUCCCGGCCGUGGCCGCCGCUGACGGCCAGGCCGAGGAGGCCCCCCCGGCUGCCCCCUCCUCCGGACCCGGGGUCCUGCCCGAGCAGGAGAUCUAUCUGCGCGGUCGGCGAUUGCGAUCCACCACAAUCGGCCUUCGGCCACUUGCCUUCGUGGCGUCCAUUCGCCGCGAUGCCGUCGAUCCCAGCGAGGCCGCGGACUCGACCCCGGUCACUCUGCAGGUGGACCACUUGGCCGACAGUCUACGCGUGUGGCACCUGGACACCGCGAUGCCGGACGUCCUGGUGACUCCGCUCCCCGAGGGGCACCCCGCAGUUCCCAGCGGGCUGGCCCCAGAUGGGCCGGGCACCCCCGGCGGCGAGGGCACGCAUCCCGAUGGUGCCUGGUCCUUGGACCCACAGUCACUCGGCCACUUGGGCGCCUGGCUCGAGACCGAGGCACAGAUCCACCAGCACGAUUGAGUAGCGCUACCAGCGGCCGGGCCCGGUGGCACUUGGUCCCUCGGGGCCUUUCGCCCGCCCUCCGCGCGAUCGUUGCCCCUUUUCGUCGUGGACGCAACCCGGGGCAUGCAGACGGGCAUGCGCUCGUGCCGGUCCUCGCGCGGACCACACACCCAUCUCAUCUACCCCCACCCACAGUCACGUCGGCGCAUGCACCUCUCUCCGCACACAUCUGGCAUAUAUUUACCCCCCCUUUCCUCCUCCCCCCCUUUUGGGGGGAUAGUUUUCCAAUACAUCCCCCUUCCGAGA